AUGGGUAUGACUGACUUUGUCUGCGUUGGUUUCGCUGUCUCUGUCGCCGUCCCAGGUGCGUUGUGUGCCCUGCCUCGGGCCAAGCCCAGUGAUAAAGGCGGGGUGUGCAGACAGAAGCAGGAGGAUGAGCUCUGUUUCUCGUGUGACCGACUAAACGAGCAAAUUGUAAUGACCACAGAAGGCCAACGGAACAGUGAAGUUGACGCUCUCCUGAACAAAGUGCCAGCAAUACAGCAGUAUGAAGGGGACCCACUGUGUGAAGGAAAGCCACAGUCUAAGUGUCCACAUCACGCUUCAGGCAACGGACACUGUGGUAUUCGUCAUACCCUGAGGCAGGAACUACUUCUGUCACCGCGAGUUACCAGCUGUGGUUACUAUUACUACCACGGAUCCCUGACCACGCCCACUUUGUCCGAGAGUGUGCUAUGGCGGCUGAUAAAGCAACCUAUCAGAAUCUCUCGAGUUCAGUUGUCCUCCAUACUAUCCAUGUACACUCAUUUCCCUGGGGUCCGUAUCAAGGAACACGGCAAUCUACGACCUCUUCAAAAACGCAAUGGCCGCACCAUUUACGCAAAUAUAUGUGGCAAAAUUGAUGAUUGA